AGAUCUCUAUUAUUUCAGAUAUCAUGAAAAAUCUUAGAUCACCAAACAUUGAGAUGUGUAACAUGAAAAAGUUAAAUGAAGACGACUACACAUCAACACGUGAGGAUGAAACCGCCAUGUUGGAUUUCAGAGAGAAAAGCAGGAUCAAAAGACAUCAGGGACAAGAAGAUGAUUUUGGGUGUUUAGGAACAGUACGUUUGGUGUCUUCUGUUUCUCCUCAACUUGUUGGAUGCUAUGGGUUUGAUGCAUGCCUAGUAUCAGACCAGGGCAGGUUCGACUGUCACAGGGUGAAGUUGGCAGCUGUUAGUCCAGUUCUCAAAUCUGUCCUAAAGAUUACUGAAUGGUAAAGUGUUUGAACAAACCACACUUGACGAAGUGCCAAAACUUUUUAAGGAUUUAGAGAUAAACUUGAGACAGAUAAAUCCCCUGGAUUCUAACAAUGCAGACAAUUCAUCUUGUUUUCAAGAAACCUCGAAAACCUGCAUUGUCCCCAAAACUAAUAGAUCUUCAAAUUCUCCGAUGCAGGAUGAUCCACCUUUAGUUAUUAAAAUGGAAACAGAUGGUUUGCCGCUCAAUGAUGACGAUUCAUCAAGUGAAGACGAUCUCUCCUCAGGACCAGGCGACGGGUAUGAGAUAAGAUCUGACUAUGAAGAGAAUAAAGAGGAGAAUAUGGAGGAAUUAGAAGAGAAGACAUUAAGAUUGGAAAACGAUUGUGUUCCUUCAGAGAAGGCGGAAUUUUCCUGUGAUAUUUGCUACAAAGGUUUUAACACUGCAAGCAACCUGAAGAAUCACAAGAAGAGAGCUCACUCUGUGCAGAUGCUAACUUGUGCUUUUUGUACAAAAGUUUUUUCAAGACGAGAAACAUUAAGGCGGCAUUUGGAGCGUAGACAUCCUGAAGAAGAACUAAAUGAGAGAAGGGAGAAGUUUCUAAGAGGAGGAUACUCGAGUGGGAGGAAAGAGAAAUCUACGAACUUGCACUGUUGUCAUUUGUGUCAGGAACCGGUUCACACCUUUAGAAAACAUUUCAAGGCUGUACAUGUUGGCAACAAUGGAAAUCUGCAGUACGUAGAGGAAUAUAAACAGUUUCUGAGUUUUAACCAGCUGGAAUUUGAGUGUAAUAUUUGCAACAAAACCUUCCAAUCUUUAAAGAAUCUGAAUAUACACACGAGAAGCAAACAUACUGAGUAUUCAGGUACUUUUCCUUGUGAGUUCUGUGGACGAGAGUUUCAACAAAUGGUGACUUUGAAGAAACACAUUUUUAAUUUUCACAGUGAAAAUGUUCCUAUUAUUCGUGCCACAAACAUAUCAGGAGAGGAGAAAAGUUAUAUAUGUGACCUGUGUGCUAAAGUGUUUACUUGUGACGAGGAUUUAAAGAUACACAUGUGGAUUCAUUCUAAAUCCAUGAAGUGUAGAGUGGAAAACUGUUUUGAAGAGUUUCCAAGAAAAACAGCGUAUGUUGAACACAUGCUGCUGAGACAUAAGAUCGUUGUAAAGCUUAAUAAGAGAAGACUGGAGCCUAACAACAGAGUGGAUCCUGGAGUAGAGAAUACUGGGGAGACUCUGUUUGAGUCUCACCUCUGCUCAGAAUGCGGAGAUAGUUUCAGGAAUAAGAAAGGUUUAACGGAUCACACGAAGAGUGUCCACUCAAGAGAAUUUAUUUGUAAUAUUUGCAGCAAAAUUUGCAAAAGAAAGGUUGCUCUGGAGCUGCACAUGGCUAAACACGGAGCUCCGACAAUUAAAUGUGAUCAAUGUGACAAAAUGUUCUACACAAGUUACAACAUGAGAAGACACAUGAUAACCAUGCACGUGGAUAACUCCCAGAAGCCUUUCAAAUGCAACAUCUGUCCGAAGGGGUUUGAGAGCGCAAAGAACCUCGAAGGGCAUCUGAAUAUGCACAGUGGGCUGAAACCUUAUAUUUGUGACAUCUGUGGAAAAGGAUUUCAAAACGCUUCGAAUCGGCGAGCUCAUAUUAAAAAGCUUCAUCAGAUUCAUCAUGUAUGAAUCUUGAAACAAUAAUCAGAAAAAUCUCCUAGUCCUGGCAUUUC